UUAUCCAUUCUCCAUUCUCUCUCUAUUCUAACCUUUCACCCGAUCUACUUUCCCUCCUCCUCUAUCAAAUCCAUCUGCGUCAAAGCCCUACCCUUCGCCACCUCAGAGUCGUCGCUCCCAUCCUCAUGUGAGCACCGAAGAUCUCUAGUGUUGCCCCGGUCGUCCGAUUCCAGGCCAGAGCUGUUGCGAAGGCGACGACGCAGCCGAGGCGGGGAAACGACGAAGCUGUGGUGAAGCGGACGACUGAGCGAGUGGUAAGUGGGUCGAUUGAAGGAAUCCAGCAACUUGGUUGUGAGGACCACAGGGGACCACAUAAGAAAUUGUCACGAAACUGCCCUUCCAUUACAAGGUAAGAUAACUGAAGUAUUGGGUUAAAUCGACAUUGCACUGUGAAUCAGACAAGGUGUCGAGUUAGGAGAAUUUGUCACAUACAGCUUUGUGUUUCUUGUUUUGGCAU